AUGUUUACAUCUUUAAAGACGUCAGCCCCCUGGAAGACCAAGCUGAUGUGCGUGCUGAAGAAGGGGGUCCUGAGGAUCACCGUGCAGGGCUUCAGGACUCAGAUGUGGCUGGGGGAGGUCUCUGGACACCCCAUGGAGCACAUGCCGCUCCUCAUCUCCGAGGUUCUGGUGUCAGUGUUAUCUAACUCUCUGAACCACGGCGGUUGGCCUCGGGUGGUGUCUGAGGACAUACACAGACACCUGGAGCAGCUGAGGAGCAAAGUGGUCACUCUGAGAGGCAGGGCAGAGGGACGCACCCUGCUGCCCCUACCACUGUGUGUGGAGAGAUCUCAGCCGCAGGACAUAUUGCUCAGCUCUAAUGGCUGGCCGAUAGACCGGGCUCUGCUGUACUCCAUAGAGACCCUUGUAAUCCAGUGGUCCGGUCAGGUCUGGACCGUCCUGAAGAGGGAUUCCAGCAUGGUGCUGCAGCAGGGGGACCACCCGGGCCCCAGCGCGGAGCUCCACUUCUGGGCCUGUCAGAGAGGCAACCUGCUCGGCGUCCAUUCACAGAUCAUGAACCCUAAGGUGGAACAGAUCAUGGAGAUUCUGAGGAGGAUCAAGAGCAGUUACUACGCCUCCUUCCACGACAUCUGCCUCAAAGUCAACCAGGCGGUUUUAGAGGCUGAGGAUAUAGACCUCUACCUGAGACCACUGAGGAGACUGAUCAGUUGUCUGGAGGAGGGGAGUUUCAACAAGCUAGAGAUGCUGUUACCUCCUCUCUUCCACACGCUGUGUCUCAUCUGGAGUCGCUCCCAAUACUACUGCCGCCCUCCACGCAUGGUGCUCCUACUGCAGGAGUUCUGCAAUUUACUUAUCGAGAAGGCAUUUGCGUAUCUGAUCCCAGAGGAGCUGUUUAAGAUGGAACUGGAAGAAGGAGUGGAGAGGGUGCAGGUGACCAUCAGUGUCCUGCGGUGCUUCAAGCGCCUGUUCCACACACACCGCCAGCGCAUCCCUCAGUACUACCGCAGCGGGGAGACUGUCAAACAAUGGGACUUCCCUUCCACACUGGUCUUCCACAGGGCUGACCACAUACUGGACCGGCUUCUCAUGAUCGAGGAGCUGUUUGCGUCUGCGCUGGUCUUCCUGAAGCUGGAGAAGGUUGAGCUGGGAGGGUCGAGGGGGAAGAUCCUCAGUGAGAUGGUGUUCAGUAUGAACGAGGAGUUCCACGACAGCUGGAGAACUCUGAGGGAGAGCAAACACGACCCGCUGGACUACACUAAAGAGGACUUCCUAGUGGACUACAGGCGUUUCAUGGAGCAGAACAGAGACUUUGACCAGAGGCUGGGGACCGUUCUCAACCUGGCCUUCCAACACUCUAAAGGCCUGGAGUCUGCAUUCAAGCUCCUCCAGAUCUUUGGCACCCUCUUAGAGAGACCCAGGAUCAACCAGCUGUUCUCCCCAAACUACAGCACCCUGCUGGGCAUGUUCAACACUGAGAUAGACAACUGCCAGAUUAUACUGGACCAGCAGAGAGAGCGGUUGCGGUCGGGCUGUGUGGUCCUGAGUAAGAACAUGCCACCGGUUGCUGGCAACCUGAAGUGGUCGCAGGAGCUACGAGACCGCAUCCUGACUAACCGCAGCAACCUCAACCAUCUCAUACGCAUGCCACUGGGUUCUGCUGAGGCGGAGCAGGUUCUCCAGAAGUGUGAGAGGGUUCUAGAGGUUCUAGACCAGCACGAUGAGGAGCUGUUCUCCGUGUGGACGGAGGGGUUGGAGGAACUGUGCAACACACACCUCCAGGAACCACUACUCACCUUGGAUCAAGAGACAGGGCUGUUCCAGGUCAACUUCAGCCCUGCACUGACAUCAGUGCUGAGGGAGGUGAAGUAUCUGAGCAUGUUGAAGAACCACAGCAUCCCUAAAGCUGCUCUACACCUCUACUCCAAACGAGAGACACUCUAUAUGUACACCCAGACCUUGGCCCUGAUAACUCAGUGGUACAAUCGGCUGCACAGCACCAUCCUGGCUGUGGAGCUGGGAUUGGUUAAGGAGGAGAUGGGCGGGACCAGACGGCAGCUGAAGCCCGCUCUCCUAGAACUGACCUGGAGUAGGGAUGACCUGUUGGACUACAUCCAGACCACACGAGACCUGGUGCAGGACGUGUCCAGUAGAGUCCAGUCCAGUAAGGCUAAUAUUGAGGCCAUUCAGGCUCUGAUGGGGAAGUUCAGUCACCAGGCCUUCGUCACCAGGAAGACCAGGGGUUCUACCCUCCUCAUCCUCACUGACAUGGAGGAGAGCAUCAGCAAACAGUACACACUCAUCACCAACACAGGGGAGCAGAUACACACACUGCUAAAGGAGAACCUUGCUCUGUUACGAGUCUCAGCCCCAGACUGUGCCGAGUGGAUGUCCUACACUGACUAUGUUGACCGCAUGGUUUUAGCAGGGUUCUCCAGUGCGGUACGCUGUUCCCUACAAUACCUGAUCGAGAACACUGACACCGCCCUUCGCAUCGCACCGCUCUUCGAGGUCCAGCUGGUCCUCGACGCCAACGAGAUGACCUUUGAACCCUCGCUGGACAUCAGUCACCAGGGAAACUUCUAUGACAUCAUCGACAAGAUGGUGGGCGAUAUCACUAAGAUGGCAUCGUUCAUACCUCGCGUGGCCAAGCAUAAACAGAUGGACAACUAUCAGUCUGACAUUGACAGGAUGGCCGACCUGUCAGAGCUGGGCCAGGUCAUCAGAGGCCGUGCCCGAUCGACCAUUUCUAAGGUCAGAGAGUACCAGGUGUCAUUUUCCAGCUACCGCUACCUCUGGACAGAUGACAGGUCAGAGUUCAUGAGACAGUUCCUGCUGUAUGGUCAUGUCCUGAGCACAGAGGAGGCUGAGCUCUACGCAGACUAUGAACUGGCCAAGAACCCACCCACACUGGACAACUUUAAAGAACAGAUUAGCCUGUUUGAGUCUCUAUACGUGCGGGUCAGUAAGCUGGAGGACAGGAGAGUGUUCUGUGGCUGGCUGCAGCUGGACAUCAAGCCCUUCAAACUGGCCCUGAUGAACAUCAUCAAGAGGUGGAGCUGGAUGUUCAAAGAGCACCUACUCAACCAUGUCAAUCAGAGUGUGAGCGACCUGGCGUUGUUUGUCCAGAACACAUCUUGUGGUCUGUCUAAUAAGGUCUCAGACGGGGACUACGCUGGUCUGGUGGACAUUAUGGGUCAUCUGAUGGCCAUUCGGGACAGACAGAUCAGUGUUGAUCAACACUUCAAACCACUCAAGUCCACCACUGAUCUACUCAAGACCUAUGGACAGCAGCUACCUGGAAGUGUCUAUACACAGCUGGAGGAGCUGCCUGAGAAGUGGAAGAGUCUGAAAAAGGUCGCAUUUACAGUGAAACACGAGGUGGCCCCACUGCAGUCCAACGAGGUCUCCGUCAUACGUAGGAAGUGUGUCCGCUUUGAGAUCAAGCAGCAUGAGUUCAGAGAGCAGUUUCGCUCGGAGGUCAUCUUCAGAAUAGACGUGGAGGAGCCUUAUAAGCUGAUUGACAAGUCUAACCGCGUUGUAGCCGUGUUGGAGGCAGAGAUGCGUAAGCUCCAGGACACAGCUGAUCUGUUCGAGGUCAGUUUCCCUGACUACAAGCAGCUCCGCCAGUGUCGCUCUGACAUCAUCCUGGUCAAAGCCGUCUGGGACAUGGUCAUCUUCGUCAAGACCAGUAUAGAGGACUGGACUAAGACCCCGUGGAAAGAGAUUAACGUGGAGCAGAUGGACAUGGAGCUGAGGAGAUUUGCUAAGGAGAUGAAGACCCUGGAUAAGGAGGUGCGUGUGUGGGAUGUGUAUCUGGGUCUGGAGUCAACGGUGAAGAACCUGCUGACGUCUCUUAGAGCGGUCAAUGAGCUGCAGAACCCUGCCGUCAGGGAGAGACACUGGCAACAACUCAUGAACACCACAGGGGUGCGGUUUGUGAUGUGGGAGGGGACCACUCUGGGAGACCUACUGGAGCUGCAGCUCCACAGAGUGGAGGACGAGGUCAAAAACAUAGUGGACAAGGCAGUCAAAGAGAUGGCCAUAGAGAAGGUGCUCGCUGAGAUUACUCAGACGUGGAGUGUGAUGGCGUUGUCUUAUGAGAAGCACCCCAGUAUAGAAACCCCACUGCUCAAGUCGGACGAAAACCUGAUUGAGACGCUGGAAGACAACCAGGUGCAGCUGCAAAACAUCCUGAUGAGUAAGUAUGUGGAGUACUUCCAGGCGGAGGUGAGUGGCUGGCAGAGGAGGCUAAUGGUGGCAGACCUGGUCAUCUCCGCCUGGAUGUCUGUCCAGAGGACCUGGGCCCACCUCAACAGCAUCUUCACCAACAGCCACGACAUUCGCUCUCAACUAGCCCGCGAUGCCGAGCGCUUCCAGGGCAUACACUCCGACUUCCAGAACAUGAUGACAGAGGUUGUCCAGACCCGUAACGUGGUGGAGGUCACCAACCAACCUGGCUUCCUGGAAAAACUAGAGGCUCUGCAGCAAAGGCUGUCAGUGUGUGAGAAGGCUCUGGCUGAGUAUCUGGAAACCAAAAGACUGACGUUCCCUCGGUUCUACUUUGUCUCUGCUACAGACCUAUUGGAGAUCGUCUCCAAGGGAACACAGCCCAAACAGGUUACCAGGCACCUGUUGAAGCUGUUUGAUAACGUGGCGGACCUUCGCUUCCAAGACUCAGAGAAAGAGGGAGAGGAAGGAGAAAAGAAACAGGGAAAGGAGGAUGAGGGGGAGGCAGUUGCCAUAGGAAUGUACAGUAGAGAAGGGGAGUACGUACCCUUCUCCGAACCCUGCAUCUGCCAAGGACAGGCAGAGUGCUGGCUGAGUGAACUUGAGCGGACUAUGCGCUCUACUGUCCAGAGGGAGAUCCAAGAAGCUGUCGCUGCUUAUGAGGACAAACCCAGAGACCAGUGGCUGUUUGACUAUCCAGCACAGGUUGGUCUGACUGGCAGCCAGGUGUGGUGGGCAACAGACGUGGGUAUCGCCUUUGAGAGGGUGGAGGAGGGCUUUGAGACUGCCCUGAAGGACUACAACAGAAAGCAGAUCACCCAGCUGAACUCCCUGAUCCACAUGCUCCUGGGAGACCUGACUCCAGGUGACAGACAGAAGAUCAUGACCUUGUGCACCAUCGACGUGCACGCUCGCGACGUGGUCGCCAAACUCAUAGCACAGAAGGUGACAACGGGACAGGCGUUUGCAUGGCUGUCCCAGCUGCGCCAUCGUUGGGAUGACGUGACGAGACACUGUUACAUCAACAUCUGUGAUGCUCAGUUCCAGUUCUCAUAUGAGUACCUGGGCAAUACCAACAGACUGGUCAUCACUCCACUCACUGACAGGUGUUACAUCACUCUGACCCAGUCUCUCCACCUGACGAUGAGUGGUGCCCCCUCUGGUCCAGCAGGCACUGGGAAGACUGAAACCACCAAGGACCUGGGCCGCUCCUUAGGCAUCAUGGUCUAUGUAUUCAACUGCUCCGAACAGAUGGACUACAAGUCCAUAGGGAACAUCUAUAAAGGCCUGGCCCAGACGGGUGUGUGGGGCUGUUUUGAUGAGUUCAACAGGAUCUCUGUGGAGGUGCUAUCUGUGGUGGCAGUACAGGUCAAAACCAUACAGGACGCCAUCAGGAACAAGAGACAGAGGUUCCAUUUCCUGGGUGAGGAGAUCGAGCUGAGGCCGUCCGUAGGGAUUUUUAUCACUCUGAACCCAGGCUACGCUGGGAGAACUGAACUACCAGAGAACCUCAAGGCCUUGUUCAGGCCGUGUGCGAUGGUGAUUCCUGACUACGAGUUGAUCUGUGAGAUCAUGCUGGUUGCUGAGGGAUUCAUCGAUGCUCGCCUGCUCGCACGCAAGUUCAUCAGCCUGUACACACUCUGCAAGGAGCUGCUCUCUAAACAGGACCACUAUGACUGGGGCCUCAGGGCCAUCAAGUCAGUGCUGGUGGUGGCUGGAUCACUGAAGAGAGAAGACAGAAGCAGACCAGAAGAACAGGUCCUGAUGCGAGCGUUGAGGGACUUUAACCUUCCCAAAAUAGUGACCAGUGACGUCCCUAUAUUCCUGGGUCUGAUCAGUGACCUGUUUCCCCAGCUGGAUGUCCCCAGGAAGAGAGACCCAGAGCUGGAGACAGCUGUACGACAGUCAGUCAGCGAACUACACCUGCAGCCGGAGGAAAACUUUAUACUCAAGGUGACUCAGUUGGAGGAGCUGCUGGCUGUCAGACACUCAGUGUUUGUAGUAGGGGGAGCUGGGACGGGGAAGAGCCAGAUUUUGAAGACCCUCCACAGAACGUAUGCUAAUCUGAGGAUGAAGCCUGUGUGGCACGACAUCAACCCUAAAGCUGUGACCACAGACGAACUGUUUGGCUAUCUACACCCUGCUACCAGAGAGUGGAAAGACGGCCUGUUCUCCUCCACUAUGAGGGAGCUGACACGACAGGUGGGCCAUGACGGGCCCAAGUGGAUUGUUCUGGAUGGAGACAUAGACCCCAUGUGGAUAGAAUCCCUCAACACUGUCAUGGAUGACAACAAGGUGUUAACCUUGGCCAGUAAUGAGCGUAUCAGUCUAUCUUCCUCCAUGCGUCUGCUUUUUGAGAUCAGCCAUUUGAGAGCGGCAACCCCAGCCACAGUCUCCCGCGCCGGGAUACUAUACGUCAAUCCACAAGACCUGGGCUGGAGCUCGUACGUGACAAGUUGGAUUGACACCAGGCUGGCCCAAUCAGAGCGAGCCAACUUGACCAUCCUGUUUGACAAGUAUGUCCCCUACUGCCUGGAGCAGGUCCGCUGUAACCUCAAGACCAUCACUCCUAUACCUGAGAACAGCAUGGUGCAGACGCUCUGUUCCUUGUUGGACUGCCUGCUGACAGAAGACAACACUCCUCCUGACUCUCCCAGGGAACUCUAUGAGAUCUACUUUGUCUUCGCCUGCGUCUGGGCCUUUGGAGGAGCUCUGUUCCAGGACCACUUGAUCGACUAUCGCGCCGAGUUCAGUCGCUGGUGGUCGAAGGAGAUGAGAGCGGUGAAGUUCCCCUCGCAGGGCACAGUGUUCGACUACUUCAUAGACUCUGACACUAAGAAGUUCAGUCCCUGGAUUGAGAGGACGCCCCGGUUUGAGCUGGAGCCUGAUGUCCCCUUACAGACGGUGCUAGUCCACUCGGCAGAGACCAUCUGUCUGACGUACUUCAUAGACCUGCUGCUGCAGAGAGGCAAGCCUGUGAUGUUGGUGGGGAAUGCUGGAGUAGGGAAGACCAUCCUGGUCUCUGAUAAAGUAGCCAAGCUACAGGAGGACUACAUGGUGGCUAAAGUCCCCUUCAACUACUACACCACCUCGGCUAUGCUACAGCGUGUGUUAGAGAAGCCUCUAGAGAAGAAGGCAGGGCGUAACUAUGCUCCUCCUGGAACCAAGAAACUCAUCUACUUCAUAGAUGACCUCAACAUGCCUGAGGUGGAUGUGUAUGGUACUGUCCAGCCACACACACUCAUACGCCAGCACCUGGACUACAACCACUGGUACGACAGACAGAGGCUGGUGCUGAAAGAGAUCCAUAACUGUCAGUACAUCACCUGUAUGAACCCUACAGCAGGGAGCUUCUCAGUCAACCCCAGACUACAGAGGCAUUUCUCAGUGUUUGCGGUUCAUUUCCCUAGCGCUGAGGCGCUAGCCACCAUCUUCACUAGCAUCCUGUCAGCCCAUUUCCUCCAGGGGGGCUUCAGCUAUGGCGUCUCGCGCUCUGUAGGAACACUCAUACAGGCAGCCAUCUGUCUCCAUCAGAAGGUCAGUCAGAACUUCCUCCCCACGGCCAUACGCUUUCACUAUAUCUUCAACCUGAGGGACCUCUCCAACAUCUUCCAGGGUAUUCUGUUUGCCCUGCCAGAUUGUGUGCGUUACCCCAUAGACCUUGUCCAUCUGUGGCUCCAUGAGUCAUCCCGGGUUUACUCUGACAAACUGAUGGAGGAGAAGGAUGUGGAACUCUUCAACAAGAUUCUACUGGACACUGGCAAGAGAUACUUUGAGGGUAUAGAUGAGUCUAGUUUCAUCCACCAGCCCCUGGUGUACUGUCACUUUGCCCAUGGGGUGGGGGAGCCCAGGUACCACCAGGCAUCAGACUGGGAAAAGCUCCAGAAGACCCUGACUGAUGCUCUGGAACACUACAACGAGCUGCAUGCUGUCAUGAACCUGGUGCUCUUUGAGGAGGCAAUGCAGCAUGUGUGUCGUAUCAGUCGUAUCCUGGAGGCCCCCCAUGGUAACGCUCUGCUGGUGGGGGUGGGAGGCAGUGGGAAGCAGAGUCUGUGUCGCCUCGCUGCCUUCCUCAGUACCCUGGAGGUGUUCCAGAUUACACUGAGGAAGGGCUACGGGAUACAUGACCUACGGAGUGAUAUAGCAGCGCUGUACAUCAAGGUGGGGGUGAAGAAUAUUGGGACAGUCUUCCUCCACACAGAUGCCCAGAUCCCAGACGAACGCUUCCUGGUCCUCAUCAACGACAUGCUGGCGUCAGGAGGAAUGCUGGAUCAGGAUGCACCAACGUCCAUCCGUAUGGAGCUAAGAGGACUGGGCCUGAUUGACAACAGAGACAACUGGGCCUUCUUCAUCGAGAGGAUACGGAGGCAGCUCAAGGUGGUCUUGUGUUUUUCCCCGGUAGGGUUGCACCGUAAGUUCCCCACCCUGGUCAACUGUACGGCCAUAGACUGGUUCCACUCCUGGCCUCAGCUGGCCCUUCAGUCUGUCAACACCACCUUCAUAGAGAAGAUACCUGAUCUGGAGCCAGAUGUCCGUGCAUCCAUCAGUGAGUUUAUCUCCUACGCCCAUACCAGUGUUAACGAGGUGAGUGUGAAGUACCAGCAGAACGAGAAGCACAGGUUCAAAACCACUCCCAAGAGCUUCCUAGAGUUUAUGAAGCUGUACGGUAACCUACUGGGGACAAAACGCAGAGAGCUCACUCAGAAGAUGGAGAGACUGGAGAACGGCCUGCAGAAACUACAGACCACGGCCUCACAGGUGGAGGAUCUUAAGGCUAAGUUAGCAGUCCAGGAAGUAGAGCUGUGGCAGAGGAACACAGACACAGAGGCUCUCAUCUCUAAGAUCGGCCAGCAGACAGACAAACUCAACCAGGAGAGGGCUGUGGCAGACGCGGAGGAACAGAGGGUAGGAACCAUCCAGGCUGAGGUGACCACACAGCAACAGCAGACUCUACAGGCAGCUGACACAGCCCUCAACACACUCAACAGGCUGAACCUGACAGAGUUGAAGACGUUCCCGAACCCAUCAGCCAUAGUGACUAACGUGUCUGCUGCUGUCAUGGUGCUACUGGCUCCUCAUGGUAAAUUACCCAAAGACCGCAGCUGGAAGGCAGCGAAAGUAGUCAUGAGCAAGGUGGAUGACUUCCUACAGGCGUUGGUGAACUUUGACAAGGAACACAUCCCGGAAUCGACAGUGAGGUGCGUGAGAGAUGAGUACCUCAGUGACCCAGAGUUUAACCCUGAGUUUGUCAGACUCAAAUCAUCCGCCGCCGCCGGUCUCUGUGCCUGGGUCCUCAACAUCAACAGGAGACAGAAAACGUCUCCUUCCUUAGCGGUGUUCUGUGAGGUGGAGGUGAAGAAGCUGUGUCUGUCUCAGGCUAAUGCUGACCUGGCUGAGGCCGCAGACAAACUAGAAGCCAUUAGGAAGAAACUAGCUGAGUUGGACUGUAGUCUGGAUACCCUGACUGCUGCGUUUAAGAAGGCCACCUCUGAGAAGCUUCGCUGUCAGGACGAGGUCAACCACACCAACAAAACCAUCGAACUGGCCAAUCGCCUCGUCAAAGGACUCGAGUCAGAGAAUGUGCGUUGGGCCCACUCUGUAGCCGGGUACCAUGAGCAGGAGGAGACUCUGUGUGGAGACAUUCUGCUGACUGCAGCCUUCAUCUCCUACGCCGGAUCCUUCUCUAAGAAGUACCGCAGAGAACUACUGGAGAACCUCUGGAUGCCCUUCCUACGUGGCCAGAAGAUCCCCAUCCCCAUGACGGAGGGGUUAGAUCCAGUGUGUAUGCUGACUGAUGAUGCUACCGUGGCUCAGUGGAACAAUGAGGGGUUGCCGGGAGACAAGAUGUCCACUCAGAACGCCACCAUCCUCACCAACUGUGAACGCUGGCCACUGCUUAUUGACCCCCAAUUGCAGGGCAUCAAGUGGAUCAAGAUUCGUUAUGGCAACAGCCUCAAGGUGGUCAGCCUGGGAGAGAAAGGGUAUGUGGAUGUGAUAGAGCAGGCUGUUGUGACUGGAGACACUGUUCUCAUAGAGAAUCUGGAGGAGUCCAUCGACCCUGUCAUAGACCCUCUACUGGGACGACACACGAUCAAGAAGGGCAGUUGUAUAAAGGUGGGGGAUAAAGAGUGUUUCUUCCACCCAGCGUUCAGGCUGAUCCUCCACACUAAGCUGGCUAACCCCCACUAUAAGCCUGAGAUCCAGGCCCAGACCACCCUCAUCAACUUCACUGUUACAAGAGACGGCCUGGAGGACCAGCUGCUGGCUCAGGUGGUCAAUCUGGAGAGGCCCGACCUCGAGCACCUCAAGAGUGACCUGACCAAGCAGCAGAACCUGUUCAAGAUAGAGCUGAAGCUGUUGGAGGACGAGCUGCUGGGCCGUCUCUCUGCUGCUGAGAGCAACUUCCUAGGAGACAACGUCCUGGUGGAGAAACUAGAGACCACCAAACACACGGCCGCGGAGAUCGAGAUGAAGGUUCUGGAGGCGAAGGUGAACGAGGUGAAGAUCAACGAGGCCAGAGAACACUACCGCCCCGUAGCAGUCAGAUCCUCUCUGCUGUACUUCAUCAUGAACGACCUCAACAAGAUCAACCCCAUGUACCAGUUCAGCCUCAAGGCGUUUAACGUGGUGUUCCACAAGGCGGUGGAGCAGGCAGAGGUGUGUGAGGACGUGAGGAGCAGAGUCAACACUCUAAUAGACGGCAUCACCUACUCCACCUUCAACUACAUCAGCAGAGGCCUGUUUGAGAGAGACAAACUCACCUUCACCGCUCAACUCGCCUUCCAGUUGUUACUGAUGAGUAAGGAGAUAGACGUACGAGAACUAGACUUCCUGCUCCGCUUCAACAUCGACCACAGCUACAUCUGUCCUGUAGACUUCCUCUCCAACCAGGCCUGGAGCGCCAUCAAGACAAUGAGUUUCACUGAUGAGUUUCGCGGUUUGGACCGGGACAUCGAGGGAUCACCUAAACGCUGGAAAAAGGUGGUAGAGUCCGAGUGUCCGGAGAAAGAGAAGUUUCCUCAGGAGUGGAAAGCAAAAAGUUCCCUGCAGAAACUCAUUAUGAUGAGAGCCCUGAGACCUGAUAGGAUGACUUACGCUGUCAGGAACUUUGUGGAGGAGAAGUUGGGGGUGAAGUAUACAGAGAGGAGGAAGACCGAGUUUGCUAAGUCCUUCAGAGAGAGUGGACCCGCCUCGCCUGUCUUCUUCAUCCUGUCUCCCGGAGUAGACCCUCUCAAAGACGUGGAGUCACUGGGCAGGAAGUUAGGAUUCACCAUAGACCUGGGGAAGCUCCACAAUGUGUCUUUGGGUCAGGGCCAGGAAGCUGUGGCUGAGGUUGCCAUGGAGAUGGCUGCUAAGGAGGGACACUGGGUCAUCCUACAGAAUAUCCACCUGGUGGCUCGCUGGCUGGGGUCGUUGGAGAAGCUUCUGGAACGCUGCUGUGAGGGCAGUCACCAGGACUACAGAGUGUUUAUGAGUGCUGAGCCUGCCCCUACACCACAGGAGCACAUCAUCCCUCAGGGCAUCCUGGAGAAUGCCAUCAAGAUCACUAACGAGCCUCCCACUGGCAUGCAUGCCAACCUCCACGCUGCUCUGGACAACUUUGACCAGGAUAUAUUGGAUCAGUGCAGUAGAGAGCAGGAGUUUAAGACCAUCCUGUUCUCUCUGUGUUAUUUUCAUGCCUGUGUGGCUGAGAGGCGCAAGUUCGGUCCUCAGGGUUGGAACAGGAAAUACCCCUUUAACACUGGAGACCUCACCAUCUCUGUCAAUGUGCUCUACAACUACCUGGAGGCCAACUCACAGGUGCCGUGGGAGGACCUGCGCUAUCUGUUUGGAGAGAUCAUGUACGGAGGUCACAUCACAGACGACUGGGACAGAAGACUCUGUAGAACCUACCUGGAGGAAUACAUGCAGCCCAACCAGUGUUCUGACAGGAAGUUGGCUCUGGCUCCGGGCUUUGUGGUUCCCUCCAACUUGGACUACCAGGGUUACCAUGGUUACAUAGAUGAGAUGCUGCCCCAUGAGAGCCCGGUGCAUUAUGGGCUACACCCCAACGCAGAGAUAGAGUUUCUGACGGUGACCUCUGAUAACCUCUUCCACACACUGCUGGAGCUGCAGUCACCUGACUCUGUGAUGGGAGAGGGGGCUUCACAGACCGUAGAGGAGAAGGUGAAGACCAUCCUAGAUGAGGUGUUGGAGAAGCUUCCAGAAGAGUACAACAUGUCAGACAUCACGUCUAAGACAGCUGAGAGAUCACCAUACAUCCUGGUCUGCUUCCAGGAGUGUGAGCGUAUGAACAUGCUCAUCUACGAGAUACGACGCUCACUGAAGGAGCUGGACCUGGGGCUGAAGGGUGAGCUGGCGAUCUCCUCAGAGAUGGAGCAGAUCCAGGCAGCUCUGUUCUUUGAUAACGUCCCAGACACCUGGACCAAACUGGCCUACCCCUCCACUUACAGCCUUGCCCAGUGGUAUAAUGACGUGUUGCUGCGCUGUAGAGAGCUGGACAGCUGGACACAGGACCUGGCGCUGCCCACCGUCAUCUGGCUGUCUGGACUCUUUAACCCACAGUCCUUCUUAACAGCGGUGAUGCAGUCUCUGGCUCGUAAGAAUGAGUGGCCGUUAGAUAAGAUGAACCUGACUGUGGAUGUGACUAAGAAAUUUAAGGAAGAGUUCAACCAGCCAGCCAGAGAGGGAGUAUACGUAUACGGACUGUACAUGGAAGGUGCAAGAUGGGACACUCAGGGUGGGGUGAUCGCGGAGGCUCGUCUGAAGGAGUUAACCCCCUCCAUGCCAGUCAUCUCAGUCCGAGCAGUACCGAACGACAGACAGGAGACGCGUAACAUCUACGAGUGUCCCCUGUACAAGACCAAGCUGAGAGGAACCACUUAUGUCUGGACCUUCAGCCUCAAGACCAGAGAGAGACCAGCCAAGUGGGUACUGGCUGGGGUGGCCCUGCUGCUCAGUGUGUAGAGGUAAGGGUUAGGGGGUGAGGAGGGAGACCAGCCAAGUGGGUACUGGCUGGAAAGAAGCAAGGUCGUUUUUUCCAUUAGCUAUUUGUAGGGUGUGUAUUUUCUGUAUUAUGUUGCUAAGUGUGAGAGAAGGUAUUUUAUGUAAAAUACAUGUAUGUGUUACUACAUAAUCCCUCAAACCAGGUUUGAUGUUGCUAUUGAAAUAUAAAAUACAUUUGUAUAGUACUGUUGUAGCACCUGAAAGCUAUAUGAAAAUGU